AUGACAGAUUGCAAAGGAGCCAAGGUGGCAGACAUCGUGUUCAUCGUUGACGAGUCGGGAAGCAUUGGAAAUGAAAACUUUCGCCUCAUGCGCAACUUCCUGCACUUGGUCGUGAGCAGCUUGGAUGUAAGUCCGAAGAGAGUCAGAGUGGGCAUUGUCACGUACAACGAUGUCUCCACACCACAGGUCUUCCUCAACUCAUUCAACGACAAGGAUGAAUUGCUUGAGUACAUCAAGAUCCUGCCUUACAAUGGAGGCGGUACGAGGACUGGAGAGGCCCUGAAUUUUACUCGGGACAACGUCUUUAUUAAAGAGAAUGGCUGCAGGAAAGAAAACGGUGUCCAACAGGUGGCGGUGGUCAUCACUGAUGGUAGAUCCCAGGAUGAAGUCAGCGAAGCAGCAAUUACUCUGCGUCGAGCCGGUGUUACCAUUUACGCCUUAGGAAUAAAAGAUGCCAUCGAGAGCGAACUGUUGGAAAUGGCUUCACACCCUCCUGAUCAGCAUGUUUUUAUCCGGGAUAGUUUCACCGAGCUGACACACCUGAAGCAGACCCUGCAGAAAAUCCUGUGCAAAAACAUCAUUGCCAAAGCAGUCCCAAUGAAAACAGAAGCCAAAGAAGUUUGUGUAAAAACGGAUGAAGCAGACAUCUUCUUCCUUAUGGAUGACUCAGGAAGCAUUUCAUGGCAAGACUUCGCAGAAAUGCAGAACUUCAUCAACAACUUUAUAGAACACUUCCAAAUUGGGCCACAACAAGUCCGCAUUGGGCUUGUGAAAUAUGCUGAUUCCCCAACGGAUGAAUUUGAUCUGACAACCUACUCCGAUGAAGAGUCACUGGUGAAUGCCAUCAACAGUAUAAUUGGCGUAGGAGGUGGGACGAACACAGGAACAGCACUUUCACACAUGGGCCGACUCUUUAAGAGAGCGGCGGUCACGCGUGGUCAUGAAGCCCCAAAGUACCUGAUUGUCCUCACAGAUGGAAAGUCAGCUGAUGAGGUGAAGGCUCCUGCAGAAAAACUGAGGGAGCAGGGAAUCAUUAUCUACGCCAUUGGGGUGAAAAAUUCAUCCCAAACUCAGCUAGAAGAGAUUGCAGGAGACUCCAAGAGGACUAUCUUCGUCAAAAAUUUUGAUGCCUUGAAAUCCAUCGACAAUGAAAUCAUCAGAGAAAUCUGUUCUGAAGAAGCCUGCAGAGACAUACAGAGCGACAUCUUUUUCCUCACUGACAGCUCCGAGAGCAUCGAUGAGGAAGAGUUUCAGAAAAUGAAAAACUUCAUGAAAUUUGUCAUCAGCAAGUCGACCAUCGGGGAGAACAAAGUGCACGUCGGUGUCAUGCAGUUCAGUACCAGCUACAAUCUGGAGUUUCCCCUCAACCAAUACUACAGCAAAGAUGACAUUUUGAGAGCCAUUGAUGAUAUGAAGCAGAUGAAUGAAGGUACGCGCACAGGAAAGGCCAUCACAGAGGUUUCAAGGUAUUUCGAUGCGGCCAAAGGAGGGCGUCCUGGCAUGAGGCAGAAUCUGAUAGUGAUUACAGACGGCAAGGCACAAGAUGACGUCAGGGGUCCCGCUGAGGCUCUGAGGAACAAGGGAGUGGAGAUCUACGCCAUCGGAGUGAAGAAUCACAACCCCACCCAGCUGAAGGAGAUCAGCGGUGAUUCUCAAAGGGUUUAUUCUGAGAAUGACUUUGAUGCGCUGAAGGACUUGGAAGCCCAGGUUUCCUCGAAGAUUUGCGAGAGAGGUAAGAGCAGGUCAAGAGCAAACCAACAAAGGCAACUAGGAGUAGAGCAAUGCUGGAAGAAGUGCUCAAAGCCUUUACUUAGAUAA